AUGGACGAUAAUUCGUUAUCCAGCUUUGCCCAUCCGGAUUCUGAACAAGAGCAGGACAAAGCUUCAGAUAUUCGUCCAGAUGUGCUUGAAAACGUUGCUGAACCGAUCGUUAACCUCCAACCGGAAAAUUUAGAACAGUUAAAAGGAACCGAUCCAUCUGACGUUUCCGACGACUCAUACCUCUUUGUUGAGGGUAGGAGAUAUUCGAAACACCCCUUACCAAAUAAUGACAAGGAGGCGGAUCGCCUGCAAGCUGUACAUUACUUCUUAAAGAACCUUUUUCAAUCGAAUUAUACUGCUCCCAUCCAAACCAUUCUUAAAAACAACAACGCGCAAGUACUCGACGUUUGUUGUGGCUCGGCUGUUUGGGUCACGGAAAUGGCUGCCGAAUUUCCUUCGUCAACCUUCACUGGAACUAAUCACUCGAUGGUCUGGCCACGUGAUGUUCCACCCAAUUGCAACUUUUCCCCUGCAAAUAUCCUUGAAGGAUUACCAUUUCCAGACGAUUAUUUCGAUUAUGUUCACUGUCGAUGUGCUCUUGCAGGAUUCAGCAUUAAUGAUUGGAUUACUAAAAUCAUUCCAGAAAUAGUAAGGGUAUCGAAACCUGCUGCUUUCUUUGAACAUUGGGAGCUUGACGCUCAUCAUGUAAAUUCUGGUCCUAUCAUGAAAAAAAUUUCAAACGCAGAAAUAUCACUCGGUACCUCUCUUGGUAUUGACAGCUCUAUGAUUGAUAAAAUAGGUGAUUCACUUCUAAGUAAUAAAUGUUUAACCAACAUUAAUCAACAACAAAAAUACUGCCCUCUUGGUAUUUGGGGUGGUGAAUCAGGUAAAAUGAAUGUCGAUAUUUUUCGUGAAACAUGUUUAGCGGCUCAAUCGCAAAUGGCUGAAUUUAUAAAUAUUACCUCCAAUGAAUUCGAAGACAUGGUAAAUGAUUGUAUAAAAGAGGCCGAAAAUUUUCGUACAUAUUCGAAAAUACAUCUUAUUUAUGCUCAAAAGAUUGAUCCAUCAAUCACCGUAUAA